AUGCUCGCACACGAAUUUUCAUCCACCAUACCUAUGUCGAUACCCACAAGCGCUCCCGUCCAGUCCCCGAGCCUUGUCCAAGGGAAGGAUCAGGAUCAAAACAUGGUCGACCCAAGUCUCGCUCCAACCAUCGAUCCAACCAUCGAUCGCAGCAUGAUUCGUCAAGACGCCAACACCCCAUUCUUCUUUGCAAGCCCCUUCGAAGCUAUAUCCAACAUGGAUGCGCGCAUCCCAGACAUGAUCAACGCAGCUUCCAUGCCAACUCCGCUCAUGACCGCUGCAACGUCGUUCUCGUCUGUAGAUUCCACCUCGUAUUCAGACCUCUUUGAUGCUUGCUCCUCUGUGACGGCUUCUUCAAGAGCACAAAGCAUGGCGUCGACCUUGAAAGCCGACCUGUCAGCUCCUUCUGCCGCUGUUGAACAACAGCCCGAUGACAUGAUAGCCUCACACUCACCGUGCAACGACACGCUCUACCGUCCCCGUCGUAAUGCUGUCGCACAGCUUCCCCCUUUGGUUUCAAGUGGCCUAAUGGCAAGCGUUCUCGGAGCGACCGGCAAGUCAGAGACAGAUCCUAGCUCUAUGCCGUCUUCAGAGUGGGAAGAGGAGCCGAGCGACGUCGAAGCGUUGUCGCCGAACAGCUGCCCUCUCAGUCCCAGCACGAAGCCAUUCGCAAGUCGUGCCAGAGCUGCAUCCAUGCGCGAGACAAACCAGCUUCCUCGCUUGCAUCGGAUCCUCUCUUCAUGGGACUUCAGCUGCGAUCGUGGACGCUACCGCAAGCCAUCCAAGACCGGUCCCAAGUCGAUUAAAGGCAACAAGGCCCGCCAUCUCAAGGCUCAGCAGACCAAGCAAGACCCUCACAACGCUUCGGGUUCCUUGACGGGGCGGGGGCCUGGACGACCUCGCAAGAACACCGUUGCCUCGAUGGAGCUCGACAUGGGCAUUGAUGAGUCUGACGCUGCGCUCAGUGAACCCCAGAACGCAUGCGAUGACGACUCCUGCGGCACGCAGGACGAUGUCACCAAGCGGUCCUUGGGAUCGUCCAAGUCGUGCGGCAACUCGUUCUCGCUUACAGACCACAUCGUCCUUCGUCCACGUGCCGACCGCGAUGAGGACGAGGUUGCCUAUCCAAACUACGCACCUAAUCAUCAAGAAGCGAGGGUGAAUACGGGCCCCGACCUCAGUCUCGCGGGCCAAGAAAUCGUUGAUGAGACGCAGCUCACCUUCACCACGGAUCUUUACGCGCCACGCUUCACUCGUCGCGGGGCGUACGGCCGCGAAGGCUGGUGCAGCAUGUGCACGCACGGCGAGUGGUACUCGAUGAAACGCAGUCAGUACCUCUACCAUCUCCAGUACGACCACGGCAUCUGCAGCUUGACUCGCAAGACGUUCGAACCACCAGUGAACAUGCGAGUCUGGAACGACCCCAUGCAGCGCACCGAAGGUCUCUGCCAUUACUGCCAGGAGUGGACCCCCAUCUGCUUUGGCGCCGUCCGCAAGCGUGACUACAAGGCUUGGUUCAAGCACGCUCACAAGUGUCAUCGACACAAGGCCUGA